UCUCGCCCGCCCAGUCCGCCGUGGAAGAAGGUUCAAGCGGAAGGUCCCACUAGUAUCAUCGUCGACGGUCAGCGCAAGAGUGGUCGUGUGAACAAGGAACUGGCGCAUGGUCCCAGGCGUGUAAGCCCGCGCACGAAGAAGCAGGUCGAUAAGUUGGCUGGAGACAAGCAUGCCGAAACGAAGCAGUCGACAGCUGCAAGCAAGAGCAUGGGAGGCAUCGAGAGAAAGAGUGAUGCAGAGGCGACGAAGCAGGUCAACGGCCUGGACAGGCCAUCAAGCUCGUCCGACAGUGCUGCAAGAAUCGCAGAGCUGAAAGCCCAGAUUGCUGCAUUGCAGCCCACACGUUCCUUCGAUACGCCGACGACCGAUGCUGAUCAUAUGCCCAAGUCUGCCAAGGCAAAGUCGCGCCGCCAUGUCGUCAAACGGGAAAGAACGCAAUCACCUCCUGUGCAGCGAAAGUCGCACCGACCGAGCGAAGUGCAACAUUCGCCUGAACGCGCAAAGCCUUCACCACGCAUCAAGCUGAAGCUGAAUGCUACCAGACGAGUCAUUGAAGCACCACAUCCUCUUGCUAGGCCACCUUCUCCUCUCCAUCCACCGCGAUCUCUAGAAUCAGUGUUAGAAGAGUACGAAUUAGCAGAAUUGCAACAGCCUUAUACCGAAAAUGAUCGAGGUCCUCCUGAUGCUGAGUUCUUUGUGCAAAGGGCGAUCAAGCAGGCUGAGGAAGAAGGAGCAUUACGGAAGAGACUCUUGAAGGAGGCCGAGCCAGGUGGAGCGUUGAGCAAAGAGAAUUUGAGCUUAUUCCGAGAUGAACGACAAGCCGAACCUCCCCAACAAUACGAUCAUCACGAUCAUCUGGUCGCCCAUGCGCUGUUCCUUCGGCAACUGCAGAUACGAGAAAAGACACAACAUCGUCUGCUCGCGAAGAAGCUUGCUCACGAAGCGUUGGAGAAAUGGAAGGCGAGACACGGACCAACCGAAGAAGAUUUGAUCGCCGAACGAAACAGGAUCAUUGACAAUAUCAGGAAACAGGUUGUCGCUGACAUGAAAGCCAAAUGGGAAAUGGUCGAGGCCCAUGUGCAAGAGCUGAAGAAGCGCGCAUGGGAGAGAGAACAGGAGCGCAUUCGAUCAGAGAGACUCCAGAAGAAGCUGGAAGGCGCAAAGGACUUGCUUGCCAAGCAGCGAGGAUACGCGGACAGUGAAGAUGUCGACAUGGACGAGGAUAGUACCGGUGACGUGCAUGAUUCGAAUGACAGCGAAGAAGACUCUGAGGAGAACAUGAGCGACUCUCAAAGCGAAUCGGGAGAAGAUGAGCCAGAGGAAGAAGGUGAAAUGGACAAAGACGCCUUAGCAGCAUAUCUUGCGCAAAGAGAGGCCGAACCUCCCGAUCCAGGGAGCGAUGCCGAUGAUGAUGACGAUGAUGAAAAUCACGAUGACCAUGAGGGAUCUGACGAUGAAUCAAUGGCUGGAGUUGAAGAAGAACCAAAACAUGAUAGUCUGGCACAAUCAAGCAACGUCAAUGAAGGCGUGCAGGCAGAGCAGCCUAACGAUGUGGCCGAAGCUCAAAAAUCCUCCGAUAUGGAUAUGGACCAGCCACCAGCCUCGACAAGGACCCGUGACCGAACGUCCCGUUCUCCACCACCUGACCAAGCCCAAGCGGACGUGGAAGCUCAUCUAUCGUCUGACGAGUCAACGGAUAUGGAUUCUGAAGACUACGAUUCUGAUGAAGACAUGAGUAGUACGGGAGACGAAGCAGAUAAUGAUGACGAUAACGAUGGCGCAAGUGAUUCUUCUGACAAGCCUGACAAUGCCAGGACUUCACUCUUGGGUUUCUACAGCAAAGCCGAACUCAAGCAGGACCGCAAUGGUGGCCUCCCCACUCCGAACACUAGUGUUGAGAACGAUGGCGAUGACCACCCGCGACCUCAGUCUGAGCCUAGAUCUGAAGGCCAGGCCGACGCUGGAGCGUCGGAAAAGGUCGACUCACAGGAUAACAGCGCUGCUAUCGAUGCAGAUCAGACCACAGAAGUCCAAUCCAGAGCGGAAGAGGAUGAGGCAAUGGAGCUGGAUAACGCUGAAGCUGAAUCAACUGACGAGCGCGAAGAGCAUUCCGUCACUAAGAGCAUGGUCCCUCAGCCUACUCUUCUUCGAGGCACCCUUCGCUCUUAUCAACAAGCUGGUCUUGAUUGGCUUGCUUCACUGUAUCGGAAUGGAACCAACGGCAUAUUGGCAGACGAAAUGGGUCUGGGCAAGACAAUUCAGACCAUUUCUUUACUCGCUCAUUUGGCGGAGGUACAUGAAGUCUGGGAAGCACACCUUGUUAUUGUGCCUACGUCAGUCAUUCUGAACUGGGUCACGGAGUUCCAGAAAUUUUUACCUGGUUUCCGCGUCUUGGGAUACUAUGGCACCGCCGAAGAGCGCGCAUUCAAGCGCAAAGGCUGGACAAACGAUGCUCAUCAUGACGAUAAGACCAAGCGUGGUUACAACGUUGUGAUCACCAGUUACAAUGUGGCGAUGCAGGAUAUCAAUGCAAUCAGAAACGUCCAGUGGCACUAUCUCAUCCUGGAUGAGGCUCACAACAUCCGCAAUUUCAACAGCCAACGUUGGCAGGUUCUCAUCCGUCUUCGCACAAGGGCAAGGCUCCUUCUGACUGGAACACCUCUUCAAAAUGAUCUUGCUGAAGUCUGGUCCCUGCUUACGUUCCUGACUGCCGGUAAUGAUGACCAAUCUCAAGGCGAGCUUGAAGAGUUUCUGGCACAUUGGAAAGAUCCAGUCAAAGAGAUCUUCGAUCAGGGUGUCGAAAAGAUCUCAGAAAAUGCGCAAAAGGUUGUCGAGCAAUUGCAUAUAUCCCUACGGCCGUUCUUGUUGAGGCGUAAGAAGAUUGAGGUAGAGAAGGACCUGCCGAAGAAGACUGAGAGUGUCGUUGUGUGCAAGCUCAGCAAGCGCCAGCGGCAGCUAUAUCAAGACUACAUGGGCCUGGCAGAGACGAAAGCUACUUUAGCCAAGGGCAGUGGAGUGCAAGCUGGUGCCGUGCUACUGAGCCUGAGGCGGGUUUGUAACCAUCCAGACCUUUUCGACCCUCGACCAAUUCAGACCAGUUUUGCCAUGGAGUACAGUCCGCUUGAGGCAUACGACAUCCGAGACCAAUUAAUCAGGCGCAUGCUGGGUACGCAGCACCAGAUACCGGACUGCUUGAUAAUUGCAGCACGCGAGGACCGAAAUCGAUCGAAAUUGCGAAGAGGGAAGCAAUUGUCUGGCACAGGCCAUCUUCGGCGGCAACUGGAUGAGCUGACCGCCGUACAAAUCGAUGCCAAGCCAGAUCCUGCCACCGUGGCUGGCUCAAUUACUCUACAGCGGCUGCAUCGACGAGAGCGGAAGCUGGCCCAGCUUCGUGCAUGCAUCCAGGUAACUGAAAGUGCACUGGAAAGUCAACCUGUGUAUGGCUCGGAUUUGAAGGAACUUGUGACAAUACACAAGGACCAGCCUUAUCAAUUCAACAGACGUCGCGUCCCAGCAUACAAAGCUCUGCAUGCAUGGCUGCCGACCAGCCGCCGCCCGCUGCUGCUUGAGCAUCCGAGUGACUGGCACAUCCUCAAGAGCACUCGACUUCAGGAAGACAUCGCCACGCUUGGUAGCUAUGCCGACCGGCUGCAGGAUACUCUUCAGAGAUUUGCUUUUGUGCCACCUGCCGCCACUGUUCCCAUAUUGGACUUCGCUAUUCCAAGACCAGUGCAAGAAACAAUUCGGUCCUCGCCACUCUAUCCCGCAGAGGAAGAUUAUGCUCAUGAGGCUCGUGUCCGCACGUCAAUCGCCUUUCCCGACAAGCGACUUCUCAUCUACGACUCUGGCAAAUUGCAGAGACUUACUUACUUGCUCCGCGAACUUCAGUCUAAGGGCUCGAGAAGUUUAAUCUUCACACAGAUGACUGGCACUCUAAACGUCCUGGAGCAGUUCCUCAGUCUAAUGAAUCUACCAUACUUGCGCUUAGACGGCAGUACACCUGUUGAGCGAAGACAGCUCUACUCCGCCGAGUUCAAUCGUCCCGACUCAAAGUAUCAGUGCAUGAUACUUUCUUCUCGUGCCGGAGGUGUAGGCUUGAACUUGACUGGUGCCUCUUCUGUCAUUUUCUACGAUCUUGACUGGAAUCCACAGAUGGACAGGCAAUGCAUGGACCGAGCCCACAGAAUCGGUCAGGUACGAGACGUCGAGGUGUACAAGAUGGUUAGCGAGAAGACUGUCGAAGAGAACAUCCUUCGCCGAGCCAACCAGAAAAGUCUUCUCGAUCAGACUGUCAUCCAAGAAGGUCACUUCACGACCGAAUACCAGCACAAGGAAGACAAAGAAGACGAUGUCGCCCAGGCAAUUGAUCGUUUCCUUGGCGGAGAGGAGAAAACAACGCAGGCACUCGCUUCCGUGGAAGAUAAGGAGGACACUCAAGCUGCUCAGCAGGCAGCGAAGGAAGAUCGGCAAGACGACGUCGAUUUUGCAGAUCGGUCAUCGAAGGGCCCUUCGAAGGCUAACACGCCUGGACCAGGUGCGACCGAAGUCGAUGAAGUCGCGGAGGAACGGAAAGGUCAUGUUGAUCUGUACAUGGUCAAGCACAUGCAACUGCUGAUGAAAGACUGGGUAUAUGUGCCAGCGCCUGUGAGGAAGCUGGACAAACAUGGGCGAGACCCAAGCCACCGGCCGAAGAAGAGACGGUAA